AAAACAAAAAGGAUUUUCUCCCUACCCCUCCCUGUUGAAAGAAGACAAUGGAGAAGGCAGUCAAAAUUCUGGAGGGCCAUGUCCAAUGGGAAUAACAAAGAAACCAUAUAAAUUCAUGGAAUGUGAAAAGAGAGAGGAGAAACAAUUUGAAAGUAUGGAGUGUGGGAAGAGCUUCACUGACAGUGGAACACUUAGAAAACAUCAACGGACUCACACAGGAGAGAAACCGUUUAAAUGCACGGAGUGUGGAAAAAGCUUUGCUUGGAGUUCAAACCUUCGUAUACAUAAACACACGCACACAGGGGAGAAACCAUAUAAAUGUAAGGAGUGUGGAAAGAGCUUCAGUCAGAUUGGACACCUUAGAAACCAUCAACGAACCCACACAGGGGAAAAACCAUAUAAAUGUAUGGAGUGUGGAAAGAGCUUCACUGAUAGUGGAACAUUUAGAAGACAUCAACAGACACACACGGGCGAGAAACCAUUCAAAUGCAUGGAAUGUGUAAAGAGCUUCAGUCAGAGUGGAUACCUUAGAAUCCAUCAACGGAUUCACACAGGGGAGAAACCAUUUAAAUGUUUGGAGUGUGGAAAGAGUUUCAGUACGAAUAGAAGACUGAAUAUUCAUCAUAAAACUCACACUGGGGAAAAACCAUUUAAAUGUAUUCUGUGUGAUAAGAGCUUCACUGUUAGUAGAACACUUAGAAUCCAUCAUCGAACUCACACAGGGGAAAAACCAUAUAAAUGUAUGGAUUGUGGAAAGAGCUUCACUUACAGUGAAACGCUAAGAAAACAUCAACGGACUCACACAGGAGAGAAACCAUUUAAAUGCAUGGAAUGUGGAAAGAGCUUUAUUGAUGGUACAGCACUUAGUAUCCAUCAUCAAACUCACACAGGAGAAAAACCAUUUGAAUGUAUGGAUUGUGGAAAAAGCUUCACUUGUAGUGGAACACUUAGAAUCCAUCAACGGACUCACACAGGGGAAAAACCAUUUAAUUGCAUGGAUUGUGGUAAGAACUUCCCUGAUCGUGGAACACUUACAGUCCACCAUCGAAUUCACACAGGGGAAAAACCAUAUAAAUGUAUGGAGUGUGGAAAGAGCUUCACUUAUAGUGGAGCAGUAAGAAGACAUCAAUGGACUCACACAGGGGAGAAACCAUUAAAAUGCAUGGAAUGUGGAAGGAGUUUUAUUGAGAGUAGAGCGCUGAGAACCCAUUACCAAACUCACACUGGAGAGAAACCAUUUAAAUGCAUGGAAUGUGGAAAGAGCUUUAUUGAUAGUAGAGCACUGAGAACCCAUUAUCAAACUCACACAGGGGAGAAACCAUUUAAAUGCAUGGAAUGUGGAGCGAGCUUCAGUCAGAGUGCAAACCUGAAUGCACAUCAUCAAACUCACACUGGGGAGAAACCAUUUAAAUGCAUGGAGUGUGGAAAGAGCUUCAGUCAGAGUGGAACUCUUAGAAAACAUCAAUGGACUCACACAGGGGAGAAACCAUUUAAAUGUAAGGAGUGUGGAAAGGGCUUCACGGAUGUUGGAAAUGUUAGAAGACAUCAAUGGACUCACACAGGGGAGAAACCAUUUAAAUGUAAGGAGUGUGGAAAGGGCUUCACGGAUGUUGGAAAUGUUAGAAGACAUCAACGGACUCACACGGGAGAAACCAUUUAAAUGUAUGGAGAGUUGAAAGAGUUUCUUUCAGAGUGGAACCCUAAUUUCACACACAGGAAACUUAGACGACAUCAACAGACUCACUCGGGGGCAAGCAAAUAAUUGUAUGGAGUGUGGAAAGAGCUUCAAUAGAAGUGGAAACCUUGGCAAACACCAGCAAACUCAAAGAGGGAAAACCACUUACGUGUAUGGAGCGUACGUAGAGCUUCAGUCCUGAUGUUCCUACAAAACAUCAAUGGACUCGCAAGGACAAUCCACAAACUGAAAAAUCAUAAAUAGUUUGAAUGGAAGGAGUGUGGGAAGUGCUUCAAUUGCUUUAUAUAUAGAUAAUUUUAUUAAUACUGUAUAUAAUUUUAUUUACGUAUUGCAUUCAAAAAUGGAAGCAUUCACUUCCUGGUUGUUGAUGUUUGAAAGCCCCAAACGUUCGACUUCCAAAGCGUGCAACAACCAAGAUUCCACUGGGUAUCCAGCAAGUGUGUGUUGUCCAACGAUAUCCAUUCUUUUAACCAACACAAAGAGGCUGCUUCAUAGGAGAAAAUCUAGCAGUGCAAAGCCACCUCUAUUUUUAGUAUCUAUCAAAAUUUUAUACUGUAUUCUUGGUGUGUCCCCCUCCCGCCAGACUAAUCAUGAAAUAUCUCUUUGCCAUUUGUUAAAGAAGCUUGUAUUAUUUAUUAUUGGUAUCAUUUAUAAUACAAACAGUAUCUUAGGUAAAACAUUUCUCUUUAUGGUUGAAAUCCUUCGUAAAAGUGAAAGUUUCAUCCUGCCCCAUAUUUCCAAAUGCUUUUUAACAUCUUUUGAUACUUUAACAUAAUUAGAAUAUGUUGUAAUUCAGUGUUUUUCAAAUAAACCCUUAUUUAGUCUCCAUCUAUACAAUGAACUCUUUUCACCCCUCCUUAUCAUCCAUGCUGAGUUUUGAUCUGAUAUAGUUCUUGGCUGGAUCUCUACAGUCUUUAAUCCUGUAGGCAGUUCUUUCAAUAUUCAGAUCAUGUUUCUUCUUCCCGCAGAAUCCUUUGAAUCAGAAGAACAUGUUUACUCUUGUUCUAAUGGGUGUCUGAAUCUCCAAGCAUCUGGGUUGGCAAACUAAGGCCUGUGGGCUGGAUCAGGCGCAAUUGCCUUCUAGAUCUGGCCUGCGGACGGUCCGGGAAUCGCCGCAUGGAUUGCCAGCAUGCACGUUCUUUCCCUCUCCCUCACCCGGCGGCGCUUUUCUCCUCAGGGACGAGCAAUCUUGUCCCACACCGGGUGCCAUUAACGGGGGGAGUCGGCUCACCCGUCUGCCUGCCUUAGAAGGGUGGCGCUGUGAAGGGGGUGUGACGCUGGCUACCGGCUGCUGACGGAUUUCCAGCCGUCAUUAAAUGGUGCUUAGCAUAAAAUAAAGACACAGUGAGUCAGCUAUAUUUUCAGGAAGGUAAGAGCAGCUCCUUCGUCCGCUUCUCCCCCGAUUUUAUUCUCCUUUGUUCUCCCCUCUCGCAUGGCCGUUUGCCAAUGUCUCACGUUACCUCAUCCGGUCAUGGCUUUUACCCACCCAUCGCCAUAUAAGGUAAUUACUGCCCAGAGGGGGAACAUAACUCCAUAUAAGGUUAUGCACUUAAUACACUGCAAGGCACGGACACGCAGGUCACCGAGGUCAGCGAGGCACCAGGUGGCGCUACAAGCCUUUGCCAUGACUUCAUGGCUCCCACAUGCCCUCUUUCUUUAUAUUAUUAAUCAGAGUCAUAUAUAUCAGUACCAAUACGGUUAUAUCGAGCGCGAUAGGUGACUCUUGUGAGGCCAGAAGCAGGCCGCUGACGGAAGAACCAUGCAGUACAUAUAGAAAUUAAAGAAGGAACACAUUGUAUACAGCAACACAAAAUAACGCAAAUAACUACUAUAAGAAUCACUAAAAUCAAUAAAUGUCGAAGCCAACUUCCAUCCGGAAGCCAAGAAUAUAACCAUGCCCAUGGAUCAAUGGAAGGCGGAGGAGCAAACGGAUUGUGAGCUACCAUGGUUUCCAUAUGAUCAAUCAUCGCAGAUAUGCUGACAUUAUUAUCAGGAAUAAACAUACAACAAUGAGAAUGAACAAGUGCACAAACUCCUCCUUUUGAGGCUAAAAUCACAUCCAAAGUAUAACGAUUCUGUAAAACCACCUGUCUCAUUGCAGACACCUCCUGGUUGAGUUUCUUCAAAGCUUUUAUGGUAUCAUUGAAUAAUCCUUCAGUCCAAUUUGCUAGCCGAUGGAGGUCCCUAUAGUUCAUUGCUGCGCCCACUGAGGGCAGCAAGGCCCGAGAGAUCUGGGUACCGAUAUAUUGAUUUAUGGGUGAAUUAACCUCCCGACGAUUUCGUAGGCUAAGAGAAGAUGGUAACUUAUCAACCUUAUACAACAACGGAACCACGAGACCUAAUGUACAUGUGCCUGUGAGGUUUCGAGGAAUGGAUUUGUAUGCUUUUUCGCCACAAAGCAACCAUAACUCUCUUUGGAGUAAAUAGCUGAUAUUACUACUCUGUUGGGACCAAUUAAAGGCUGCAGUAAAUAAUGAACUGAUAUGAAAUUGCUCAUCUGUGGCAUUUGCUAAGCCAGGGAUAGAAGAAUUCAGACUCCAAUUUGCAUGGUAGGUUUCUUUCCUAGUUUUUAGCCAUGCACUGAUAUCGCUUCUAUAGCACUGAGAUUGGUCACUGUAUGUUCCUGUAAGAGAACAAGAGCUAUUAAAAGUGAAAUUCAAUGUAUAUUGACAGUUUGGAUAUAUGCCCCAUGAUUCUUUCCCCUCUUUAAUUUGAAAACAAAUGGGGGCAGGCUCAUGGAGGGUCAAUUGUACUGGAGG